AUGUUCCGCUCAUCCCUCGUCAAAACUGUCCUCAAUACUACCCCUCGCGCCAGUCGCCUUGCUGUGCGCCCGGUCAUUGCUCGCAAUUAUCACGAGAAAGUGAUCUCGCAUUACGAGCAGCCGCGAAAUGUGGGCUCACUCCCCAAGAACGAUGCUGAUGUUGGCACAGGCCUUGUUGGUGCACCUGCUUGUGGAGAUGUCAUGAAGCUCCAGAUUCGUGUGGACGAGAAUGGUGUUAUCUCAGACGUCAAGUUUAAGACGUUUGGGUGUGGAAGUGCCAUUGCGUCUAGUUCGUACAUGACUGAGCGAGUGAAGGGUUUGUCGUUGGAGGAAGCGGAAAAGAUUAAGAACACGGAGAUCGCAAAAGAAUUGUGCCUUCCCCCGGUAAAACUGCACUGUUCAAUGCUCGCUGAGGACGCUAUCCGCUCUGCAAUUCGGGACUACAGGACGAAGCGCUCCAGCGCCUCCAACCCUAAGGCAGGGUUUAUCGACGUCUCACAAAGCGCAGCGACAGGGGAGACUGUAGCGACGGCUCAUGCCCCGUCGGCAUGA